GAAGGGAUCACUGGAAAACUCUUCUUUUUCCCCCUUUAAUUUUUUUUUUGUACAGACCCGACGUGAUUCUUUUUUUGUUGUAAUUGCUGGAAAUUUUUUGGGAGGACCCAGUUGUUUAUUUUGGGGUUCAGUGUGAUCGCACAAAUAUGUUGCUGUGCGAUGCAGUGAUUCUUAAUCUGCAUCAAAUUUUCAAACGGAAGAAAGCGGAUGUGACGGGUCACGCGGAACCAGGACAGGACUUUGACUUGAACAGCUUUCAGGAGACACUCGAAUUUUUCAGGAGAUACCCUGAGAGACUGAGAGAAACAGGAGAAUUUGACAGACUCCAGGAACAGUUUGAGUCAUUGCAGGACACUGGAGACGCAGUGGGAAUCCUUCUGCAAAGCAGCAUUUUUGAGGAUAUGCCCCCAGUGGCCUGGCGGGCCAGCAAGUGUGACAAAGUGGCCAGGGAUGCCCUUGACGCUGCAUUUGGGGCCAAGAGGGCUGGCGUACCGGCCAAGGCUGCACUGCCGUACCUCAACUUUGCGGUACGGCAUGCUGAGCGGGAUGAGCAGGGCAAAAGCUGGGUCUUGGCUCAAGCAUUUUUGUGCUUUGUCAGCUCUUGUCUGGAAUUGCAAGAAUUCACUGCUGCUCUUGUUGCCUUGGAUUUUGUACAAGAAUUUCGACCGGAUGCAACUGACUCGAAAGAAAUCGAUUUCCUUCGCUCUUGGUGCCACUUGAAACUGCGCAAUUUGGAUCAAGGAAUGCUGCACUUUGAAGAGUUCCGCAAAAAGGAGUGCGAGUCUUCAGGCCCGCUCGAAGCGAGCCAGAAACCGGAACUGAAGCUUCUCAAAACUUUGAUUGAGGAAACUGCGAAAACUAGCCCACCGACCCACGAAACCCGGCGUGCAAAAAUUGAGCGAUUGUCCGUAACCAGACCCAGUACUCAAUUACUGGACGCGAGUUGCGCAAUUUCGCUGGGACACAGCGAGGACAGGGGGCGUUUCAUCACGGCGACGAGAAACAUCGAACCGGGAGAAGUCCUGGUGUCUGAGAAGCCCGGUGCUGUUUGUGUGCGACCAAAGAGUUGGACUGAGUGGUGCAAUAAUUGCCUUCAGAGGACUUUUGUGCCUUGGCCAUGCAUCCAUUGUUCCAUGGUAGUGUUCUGCUCAUCAGAAUGUUAUGCAGAAAGCUGGAAUGCCCAAAAACACUUGUUGGAAUGCAGGAUGAUUAGCAAUUUGGCAGAUUAUUCCCUGACUGAGAACUUGCUACUUGCUGUCAAACUGGUUCUGAGCUUUGGUGUCUAUGAUAUUUGGAAAAGCAAGGACGCCAUUUUACUUGCUGAGAGGCAGAGUGCAGUGUUGCCAAUGGAACCAUUUGAUACCAGUAACUACUUGGCUUACACUGCUUUGCCUGAUCAUAGGAAACUGUGCAGUAAGCAGGAGUAUUUCAUGAAUGCCCUCAUGACUGCUUAUGUGUUGCAUGUGCUGGACAAUGCUGAAGUCUUUGAUUAUUGCUCCCAUGAUGAUGAAAGAAAAUUGGAGGUCAUGAAGUUUGUGGGAAAACAAAUACUUUACCACACCACUGCAAUGAAAAACAAUAGAUUAGCACUUUCAGAAACCCUGGUCACAUUCAGGGACAAUUCUGCUGCUCCCAUGUUCACCUACAGGCAAUUUGGUCAAGCUGCAGUAGCCACAGUCAACCUUUUCAACCAUGCCUGCACUUAUUGUGCAGUCUGGGACUAUGUGGAUACUGGUCACAUUGUGGUCAGAGCAGUGGUCCCCAUCUCCAGAGGUGAAGAAGUGACCAUUUGCUACACCUGCAAUUUCGCCUCGGACAAGCGAUCGGUGCGAGCUGCCAAACUCGGCUUCCAGUUCAACUUUUCCUGCAAAUGCCGAGCCUGUGUCAACGACUGGCCCACUGGCGAAGCCCUGUUGCGAACCCAGUCCAGCUUCCGGUGUCCCAAGUGCAAAAGGGGCAUUUCAUUCGGCAUCUGCACCGACUGCGGAUUCGACAUCAACCCGUACGUGCGCGAAAUGAUUGACGCUGCCCGGGAAUUUGACCUCGUGUAUGCCCGACUCGGGUCAAGGGGUGACCUGGGCAGUGCCCUGCCCGUGUUGUACAAGCAAAUGAAGCUGGUGAAUUUGCUGUAUGAGCCAAACACUACUGCGCAUGUUUGCACAGCCGAUGCGAUCAAGAAGGCGUUUGCGAGGGACGGCAGGAUAUUUUUUGCGGAAUCUGCUGGAGGAGGAGGUCCUGCUGGGAAUAAUAAUAAUAAUAAUGGGGCUGAUGAUGAUGGGAAUGUGACCUCCUCACUGGGGAGGUUGAGCCAGGAAACAAAACGUCUUAAACCACGUGUAGAAAAUAGAAAAAGGAGGAAAACCAACUUACAUACAUACAAAAAGUCACCAGCGUUGACUAAACACAACACAGUGUACGCCAUCGUGAGAAUCAUCAAGCACACAUUGGCGAACAGGUACAACCAUUGGCUAAACGGGGCCAGUAAAUCUGGAUCCAGGUGA